UUCCAUGCCGGGUUAUACCAUUGGAACUAGCAGGGGCGGGAGUGAUUAGUAUCGGUAGCUGGUGGUGGCCUGUACUUUUCGGCGUGUUGGGAAUAUCGGCUAUUUGCUGAAGACGUCUUCUACAUACUAUUGCCCGGCUUCCCUUGUCUCGGUUUCCGUUUGCAGAAAAUGAUGGAAGAGAGUGGUAUUGAAACAACACCUCCAAGCACCCCUCCUCCCAGCACCAUCGGAACAUCAGUAGCCGCAGCUACAUCAGCCAUCUUCACCCCUGUUCCACCAGUUUUGUCCAGCCCUCUGGCUGCACCAGCAUUCUCCCCACUGCCAUCUUUUGCACAGUCAAGUUUUUCUACCCCGGUGCCUUCCUCGGUUCCUCCACUGAGAACAUCGGUCCCUCUCACAUAUGCUUCUCCCCUUCCUGUCACUUCGGUCUACUCUCCUCCUGCCAACACCUCUGUAUCUGCUGCUUUUAGCAGCCCAUUACCAGCAUUUUCUUCUCCACCAUCUUUCCCCCCUCCUCCUCUGAACACAACUCCAGGUCCAGUUCUCACAGCACCACCCAUGAAUCCACCUGUAGGAGGAUUCUCUAUGUCUUCCACCUACGAUAUCACUAAAGGUCAUGCUGGACGAGCACCUCAGACCCCUCUGAUGCCAACAUACUCUGCUGCCCCUGUCACAGUUCUGCCAAAUCCUGUUGUACAAGCUCCUAUAGCAGGGAUUGGAUCUUCCAUUACAUUCCCUGAGGAACCUGAAGACCCCAGGGUACAUACAAUGCACGAUGAAGGCUCUGCUGGAGGCAUCUGGGGAUUCAUUAAGGGAGUAGCUGGAAAUCCAAUGGUGAAAUCGGUGCUUGAUAAAACUAAGCACUCAAUGGAAACUGUGAUUACCACUCUGGACCCUGGCAUGGCAUCAUAUAUCCGAACCGGUGGAGAAUUGGACAUUGUGGUCACAUCGAUUAAAGAAGUGAAGGUUUCCGCAGUGCGAGAUGCUUUUCAGGAGGUGUUUGGCAUGGCAGUGGUAUCAGGGGAAGAUGGUCAGUCUAACAUUGCACCUCAACCUGUUGGAUAUGCGGCAGGAUUAAAGGGCGCUCAAGAAAGGAUUGACAGUUUGCGCCGAACUGGGAUGAUUCAUGAGAAACAGCCUGCUGUAUCGGUGGAAAAUUUCAUCGCAGAACUUCUCCCUGACAAAUGGUUUGACAUUGGCUGUGUAAUUAUGGACGACCCUGUCCAUGGCAUACGUUUGGAAGCCUUCACACAAGCAACACCUGUGCCUUUGGAAUAUGUACAGCAGGCCCAAAAUCUCACACCCCAAGACUACAAUCUCAGGUGGUCUGGGCUGUCUGUGACCGUGGGUGAAGUCUUGGAAAGAAGUUUAGCGCACGUCAGCCGGACUGACUGGCACGUGGCAUUUACAGGCAUGUCUCGCAGACAGAUGAUAUACAGCGCCACCAAAGCCCUAGCUGGAAUGUACAAGCAAAGACUUCCACCCAGAAUCCUUUGAGAGCAUUCGGACUGUUUCAUAGUUUUGACAAGGAGACCAAAAGCUUGCAGCUGAAUUGCUUCUGGGGAAGGAAAUAGUCUAGGGAAGGCAAUUAAAUGUUUGCAAGAAAACCCCACGUUUAAUGUACAAUCAAGUGGUUCAAAUGAAAAAUCAUGUGCAUAUAAAGCUUCCAUAGAAGUCUUCUUUUUAUUAUUUUUUUUGUACAGUUUUAGCCAUACAAAAAUUGCUUACCAAAAUUCCCUUGGUAGUUGCGCUAAAAGAAACGUUUUUUUUUCCCCAAAAGUAUCUAGGCAUGGAUUAAAUUUCCCAUAGUUCUGCAUUGUUAUUGUAGUAUCUGUAUAUUGUGUCCCAUUCGUUGUAUCACGUGACAUAGAAGCAUAUUGCAAUUGAAGCCCUUAGGGAUUGCGUUUGUGCAACAUAUGCACAUGAUCUAUGGGCUGGAGAUCUACAACCCUGUUUGCACUACUGGAACUGGUACUCAAUUGGUGAAAGGGGAUAAAGUGCAAAUACAUUAGUAGAAUUAUUUUUGUCGAGGCAUCUUUUAAAUAAACUUUUAGUGCUAACGUUAAUGCAAGAAUUAAACAAAAUGGACAUCAACCCACUUACCGGUAAUUCAAAUGAUGUAAAUUCUUUCCAGCCCUUCACAAUAUCCGACUUUGAACACAGAUAACCGUGAAUAGGGUUGGGAAUAUUUUAAAUAAGACACUUUUUUUCCCCUCAAAUAAUGUCCCUUUGAAAUGGCAAUGAUUUGUGAUGGAGUAAAUUAUUUAAAUGAUUUUCUAUUCAUGUAUUACUUUUUACCUAGCAGACUAUGUAUGAAAUUGGCCAUGUUUUUAGCAUUCGUAAGCAACGGUUACUACAGGCUAUAUUACUGUAUGGAAGCCUAAGUAAUGAACUGUAAAGGACGAGUGACGUGCAGUGACAUGAUUGGCUUGUGGAAGGUAAAUGUCAUGUUCUUUGCCUUUAAAACUAAAUUGCUUUGCUGUCUCUAACUCCUCUAUGCUUACAGAUGUUUGAGACUUAUUUUAGUACACUUUUUAUACCCAAGUGAAGACAUUUUGCUAAUGCAUUGACUGCUAUGGACCAGUGACAGAUUUAAAUAAAACUUUUUAUGCGAU